AUGAAGCACUCCGAAGCCAAAGAAAUAUGCGAGUACAGACUGAACGCGGAAAACCACCUGUGGUGCAAAAAAGGGGAUUCUAGAUUCAGCACGUGUGGAACUUGCAAAUCAUGCCUGUGUCUGAGCAAACUCUCCGAGACGACACAGUGGCUCUCACGGGCUGGAGGGGCGUCAAAGUGGAGGUUCCUCAUCGGAAUUCUCGUUCGUUGUAAGAGCGUGGAUAUUCUCGAAAGCGUCUACAAGAUUUUGCAGGUGACGCUUGGGAAAGAUUUCACCUACGCCAGAUCCCGGCAAAAACCAGGUGUUCCGGAAUAUUUGGUCACUUGGAGCUCAGACCGAGCGCUCGACGGGGAACUUAUCCGAAAGGAAAUGCGGGAAACGUGGGAUUGGUUUUCUGACAGCAAGUACUGGACGAAAGUGAACUACAUUUUAGGACUUCUGUCUUUGUGCCAUACCGAGCUUCUUCAUGCCCUUGGGAAUCUUAUCGGGGUGCUAAUUGUGCGAGAGAAACGGGCUUUAAUGGGGCACGACGCUGUACUGGACGACCUGCAGGAUGGCACCCCCUCCAUCCCAGAAUCACAUUACACCUUCAACUCUGAUGACCACCCUGAGCUGGAGCUACUCAUUCGUGCCAGCUCCAAUUAUCAGGCUCUGGACAUCCCUGGUGACGUCCAGGAUCCGGAAUCUGCCGUGGUCCUGCAGGAAAUUCACAACCUGGAGCCCAGUAAACGUCAGAGGGAAGAGUUCUGCCUCCAUAAGGAGUCUGCUUGGGCAGGAUUAGAGGAGCCGGGGUGUGGGGGUGUGGUUACAGAGGAAGGGGUGGCGAACACUGUCACAGACAGGCAGAUCUCCGAAGACCCCGCCCUCACGGUGGUCCCCGGCUCCUCCAAGUCUCUCUCUGGCGUCAGCCGCCACCGGGACUUCAUCCGCCGGCUUCCCGUUCACCUGGCCAAGAGGAUUCUGGGCCUCGUGGGCAAAGCCGGGCUGCUCAGCUGCCGUUACGUGUCACAGCACUGGCGACUCCUGGCCAAUGAGAUCGAGGCAGAAAUUGCGACCAAGAGGAUGGUGGAGAAUCAGGCAAUGAUCAUGCAGGGUAGUUCUUCGGUUGGCGUCAGCUCCGUCUUCAACGAAGUCCGAGAGGUCCUUGUCCCUGUCAAAGAAGACGAGAAGGACGUCACCUCUGAAAUCACAACGGACAGAGGCUUUGAGACGGCCUACGUCGGCAUCAGAACGAAACCUGUGGAGAUGGAGGAAAAAAACGUGUUCUGCGGGGCGUACAACAUCCUCGUGCUGUCCAGUCGAGAGGACCCGGCCAGAGUGGUGCACUUCAGCGGCGGGCAGCUGGUGGCCGUGGGCUCGAACGACCGCCUGGUGCGCCUGCUGGAUGUCAAGACGAUGAAGGAGCGGCCGCCGGUGAUGCAGGGCCAUGCUGGGAGCAUUCGGGCUGUGCACCUCUGCGAGGACCGCGGCCUGGUGAUCAGCGCUGGCUAUGACCUCACCAUCCGGUGCUGGAAUUUGACAACCGGAAUCUGUACAAUGCUUUUUCGAGGCCACUUUGGCACUAUAAACUGCUUGGAUUUGCAUGGCAAUAAACUGGUUUCUGGGGCCAAAGACUGCAGGGUUAAAGUGUGGAACCUGCUGACGGGGAAGUGUUACCAGCGGUUAAAGUUCAAGCAUGACAGUCCCGUCCAGUGCGUGAAGGUGGCCCGGAGCCUGGUCCUGAGCAGCUGUGACAGAGGCCAGCUGAAGAUGUGGGACACGGGGACCGGCUCGCUCCUGAAGCUGGUGGACACGCCUCAGGGUGCUGUGCGGUGCCUGCACCUGGAUGAGUGGCACAUCCUGUCAGGUGGGGCGGAUGGAUACGUCAUGGCCUGGAGCACCAGCUGUGAAUACGCCAAGUGCCUGAUGACAUACCGUCACCCAAGGGAGGUGCUGGCCCUGACGCUCCUCUUCCUGCGGGUGAUCACCGGCUGCGUGGACGGGAAGAUCCGCAUCUUCGACUUCCUGUCGGGGGACUGCCUGCGGGUCAUCAUGUCCAACAGCCAGCAGAGCCCGGUGCACUCCUUGCACAUAUGCGACAACAACAUUGUGCUGAACACCAGGACCAGUGUGCUGCUCUUCCAGUUUGGCAAAGACAGUGGGGAUUACGCCUUGCCCCCCGGGGGUGAUUGCGUGGAGAAGGUGAACCAGGAAUCACCCAAGGGCUCCCCUUCUGGGGUUCUGCCCUGCUUCCCUGAGCGGGCCCAGAUGGGGUCUUCCACCCACCGUGACUGGAAGCAGGCUGAGAAGACCUCGCACUUACACCAUGCCUACAGCCUGUCCACUCCCAGCAUGCAGCAGGAGAAGAGUGCCGAGGGGUCUCUUAGACCAGCCACAGGGGGUGGGCUCCAAGGCCACCGCCCCUGCAGAGCCUACAUCGACCUGCAGCCGGACAUAAACGCGAUGCCGCAAUCGGCCCGUUUCCCCGGGAGACGGAUCAGUAGGCCUGCCCGGAGACCCAGGACCAGCACCUUCAGCUCGGCCCACCUGGGGAAGAGACCUGUGGCUAAAACGUCGUUGCUAUGGUCACCUUCCUCUGCUCCAAGCGGUACCCCCAGCCAGCGAGUCCUCUCCUCCGUCUCCCCUCAACCCUUGGUGCGCCCCACGACAGGACAGCCCCACCCAGAGUCUGUUACCAAGCAACCACAGGUCCCGUACGGGAUGGGGAAGGGGAAAGUCGUGCGUAAGGUGGGCGCCUUCACCACCACGGCCGAGCGGGACAUCCGCCCAGACCGGCGCCCGCUAACGAAGGUAUCCCACAAGGCCCCGGGGCGUCGGGUGGACUUUGAGACGCCGGCCGGGCCCGGUGCCGCCGUUCCGCAGGACCCCUUCGACCCGUUUCGGAAGCGCUCGCUGUUCCGGCUGCUGACGCCAACCCAGGAGGAGGAGCGAGAGCGGGCGGCGGCCCAGCAGCACCUGCAGGCUCGCGCCCGGGACCAGCUCGCUCAGCAGAGGCAGUGGAGGAGGGCGUGGCUCGCAAAAGCCAGGGGGCCGUCCGCUGCGGGGCGCCCGGGGGAGGGCCGGGUGCAUGCUCCCGAGCUGGGACACGGCACUUACAUCUGA